GGUCAGUGAUGGAGACUGUGCAGUGAGGGAGGGUGCAGGAGGAGAGAGAGAGCGCGGCAAGGACAGACUGAGACAGGCAGCAGCAGGCGGGGGAGAGAGAGGAUAGACUGCAGGAACGAGUGUGAUAGUCCUAGUGAGAGCUACAGCCACAGCACAUAUUAUCCACAGAAACUAACAGCCGGGCAACAUGAAGGUAGCGGCAGAAGAGCCCCAGCCCAAGAAGCAGAAGCUGGAGGAGAAGGCACUGAGCGAGAAUCUGCUGUUUGGGAUGGGAAAUCCCCUUCUGGAUAUCUGUGCUGUGGUGGACAAGGACUUUCUUGAUAAAUAUGGCUUGAAGGCAAAUGAUCAGAUUCUGGCUGAAGACAAACACAAGGAGUUGUUUGAAGAGCUGGUGAAAAAGUUCAAGGUUGAUUAUCAUGCCGGCGGCUCAACUCAAAAUUCCGUUAAAGUGGCUCAGUGGAUGAUCCAGAAGCCUUAUAAAGUGGCGACAUUUUUUGGAUGCAUCGGUACAGAUAAGUUUGGAGAGAUCUUGAAGAAGAAAGCAGAAGAGGCCCAUGUUGAUGCCCAUUACUACGAGCAGAGUGAGCAGCCCACGGGCACGUGUGCUGCUUGUAUUACCGGAGACAACAGGAAUAACAAGACCACCCUAACACUUGACACACAUUUUUCCAGGUCUCUGGUAGCAAACCUGGCUGCUGCUAAUUGCUAUGAUAAAACAAAGCACCUCGACCUGAAGGAAAACUGGCAGCUGGUAGAAAAAGCAAAAGUUUAUUACAUAGCAGGUUUCUUUCUUACGGUCUCCCCUGAAUCUAUCCUUAAAGUGGCCACCCAGUCCUCUGAACAUAACAAGAUCUUCUGCAUGAACCUGUCGGCACCAUUCAUCAGUCAGUUCUACAAGGACCCGCUUAUGAAAGCCAUGCCUUAUGUGGACAUUCUGUUUGGGAAUGAAACGGAAGCUGCUGCUUUUGCCAGGGAGCAAGGAUUUGAGACCGAAGAUAUUAAGGAGAUUGCCAAAAAGACUCAGGCGUUGCCAAAGGUGAACUCAAAAAAGCCAAGGGUGGUUGUGUUUACACAGGGACAUGAGGAAACUAUCAUGGCAACAGCGGAAGAAGUUGUGUCCUUCCCAGUGAUAGAAAUUGAUCAGAGUAAAAUAGUAGACACAAAUGGAGCUGGAGAUGCUUUUGUUGGGGGUUUCCUUUCUCAGUUGGUUUCUGAGCAACCCAUGGAGGAGUGUAUCAGAGCUGGUCAUUAUUCAGCCAAUGUGGUUAUCCGACGGUCUGGCUGCACUUUACCAGAGAAACCGGAGUUCAAAUAAUGAAAGGGAAUAAGAGCCUGUGAAAACAUAUAUUUUCUUGUCCCUACAUCACCCUCACCUCUUCACAGGCACAUUAAAGGAACUUGUACUUUCUGCUCCUGUCACCUCUAAAAAUGUUUUAUGUACCCUCCCCGUUCAUCUGUCUACCUCUGCUCCAGUGAUACUUGUCUAGUAUUUGGGGAGGGCAACUUCCAAUACUUAGGUUACCAGUAGGUGAUGUGAUGCUAAGAUAAGCCACAUUGUUAUUAAGGCAAUAUGCCAACAGCGCCUUUUUUCCAGUUUUUUUAAUCUUUUGUAAUGCUGCUGUUCCAUUCAUAAAUUAGUAAGUGUUGGUUACAGUCCUGGGAGGUCCCAGUAUAAGGUACAUACUCCUACUGCAUUCAUUUCUCCCCAGUACCUGACUUUAGAGCGUUUCCUAUACAUUUGUGCCCUCAAAUCAGCGCCCGAUCGUGUUUUGUAUGAUGUGCUCAUGUAUCUCCAUUUUUGGGGAAAAAAUACUAUUACAAUGUGUAAGCUUUAAUUCUGUCACUUACUGGUAACCAAACUCCUGUAAACCCUUUUCAUAUACAGGGAUGAACAGGAAGUAUGUACGCACACUCAUCCCUACAGCAGAAGUGCUGGGGGCUUUGUACCUGACAAAGCGCAGUGCUUGCACCCAUCUGUCACCGCGUUGCUGUACAUGUCCAUAGUUCACUCACUCUGCUGCUGUAUAAUUCCUUACUGGCGAUCUUUACAUACAGUGAAGCAGAAGCCUGUAGUAAUAAUAAUUGUAAUCUCCAUGACAAGAUGAACUGCCUUUCACCAGUGCCCUCAUACAACCCUGUGUAAGCUAUAAAUGUGUUUUGUGUUUUUGCUUUAUUUAAGAACUUGUAAAAACUGUCAAAAUCAGGUACAGAAUUUGUCUUGGUAUGUUAACCACGUUAUGCCAAAAUGUAUUUUGAAUCCGGACAUGGUCAAUGUGAGGCUGCCAACACCUGGUUGGGAAGCGUGCUGCUGGUCCUCUCUUGCAGUGGUUGGGUAACAACUCACAGUUUAGUAACAGUUUUAAAGAAAGCUUUUGUCUCUCUCCCUCCCCUUUUUAUUGGAAUGUGGCAGUUGGCAGAGUCUCUCUGUGACACAUUCUUACAAGGUGUAAUUUGAUACUGACGAAUAAAACAAAAUCGACUUGUA